AUGAUCAGAUCAAUCGUUAGCAGAACAAGCAGUUUAAUCAACAAGAGCAGUGUCAACACAUUCGCCCGUAGAACAUACGCCACCGAUGCUGGUGCCAACGAGGAGCUCUUGACCUUCUCGUUUAUGGUGCCACACCAAGUCAUCUUUAAGGACAAGAAGGUUCAGAUGAUCACUUUGCCAGGUGCCAAGAGCGUCAUGGGUGUUUUGAAACAUCACGUUCCAAAUAUUGCAGAGUUGAAGCCAGGUGUCGUCGCCAUCCAACACGAUGCCAACACCACUGAAAACUACUUUAUCAGCGGUGGCUUUGCCUUUAUCAACCCAGAUGCUUCAUGCUACGUCAAUGCCGUCGAGGCUGUCCCACUCGACCAAAUCGACCCAACCGAAGUCAAGAAUGGUCUCCAAAAAUAUACUCAACUCUACAAUGAAGCUGUCGACGAAAAGGAUAAGGCUAUAGCUUUGAUUGGUUUGGAAACUCACCAACAUAUGGCUCAUGCUGUUGGUGUUACUUUUAGUUUAGCAGCAGAAAUGUCCUAA